UCUUGUUUUUUACUCUUCGAUGAUAACAUAACAUGUCACUUAUAACCGACUUCUAUAAUUGCCACUUGACAAAGAUUGAUUAGUCUAUACAUAACACACGUUUAGCAGCUUAAUCAAUCUUGGUUAAGUAUCUAAAUUCAACAUUUUCUAUCAUAUGGUGUUAAGUGUUAACUACACAAGAGGGUUUUGCAAGCUGCAAUGAAGAAGAACUCUGGUACAUCUCAGAAGCUAGGUUCUUUCCUAAGUCCAAGGGAGAAAAACAUUGAGAAUCAAAAGAGUUGGAAUUCAGAGAGGGUUUUGUUGCAAUCAACAACAAGUAACAGCAGCAGCAGCAGCAACAGAAAACAAGGCUUUGUGGCUGGUUUUUCACCUUUCAACAGUGGAAGAACAGUGCCUUCUAAAUGGGAUGAUGCAGAAAGAUGGAUUUGUAGUCCAGUUUCAGUUUCAGGUUCAGGCUAUGUGCAACAUCAGAGAGGAACCAAGUCAAAAAGUGGUCCUAUUUUGCCUCAAGGAACGGCUUAUUACUCGAACUAUUCGCCUGCAAUUCCGCUGCGGAAUGGUUUGGUGGUGAAGAACUUGAUGAUGAAUUCUCCUUUUACAACUGGUGUGUUGGCACCAGAUGUUGUUUCUGUUCAUCAUUAUUAUGGACAUGAUAAUUUGUAUGCUCCGCGUUAUGAUGAUGAAGAUAGUGGUUCAGUGGUUAAUGAGAAUGGUGUUGAUGUUUUGUCGGGGAUGAACGCGCCUUCGUGGUCAGAACUGCUUUCUGACCCGUCUUCGCCUAAUUCUCAUGAUGAGAAAUGCGAUGGAAGUAAGAAUGAGGGGACUGUGAUGUCUCCUAUGUCGAAAAUCGAUAGAGGGACUCAAAUGAGCUCUCCAGAGACCGAAAAUGAGGACCAUUCGUCUCCGAAAUCGUCUUCCCCGAUUCUGGCCAUGAAUCAAAAAAGUUUUCAUUCAGAAAAGUUAGAGAUCAGAGAUGUUCAGGUAGAUUGUGAGGCUAAUGUUAUUAAGGGGUCUAAGACUUGUUAUGCAUCCAAGCUAAAGAAAAGUGGUACAGAAGGCAAAGUUUCAGGUUUGGAUAUUGAAGAGUCAAGUUUGGACACUUCCAGUUCCAAGUUUGAGAGAGAUGAAGCUAAAAUCACUGCAUGGGAAAGCUUGCAGAAAGCAAAGGCUGAAGCUGCAAUACAAAAACUUGAGAUGAAAUUGGAAAAGAAGAAAUCCUCAUCGAUGGAUAAGAUUCUAAGCAAGCUAAGAAGGGCUCAGAUGAAAGCUGAAAAGAUGAGAAGCUUAACACCAGAUCAACAGGAGCAACAUGUUUCCAAGACUUGGAAAGUAUUUUCAUCAGCAAAAUAUGGCAAAAUAUGGUUUCCAAACAGCUGCUUCACCAGCCAAGCUCUGUGAUCAAUCCCAUAGACACCCCAACCACAUGUUCAUUGUAGUUUUUUAUAGCGUUUUUUCAGGAAAACCUGUUAGAAAUAUCAUAUUUCAAUUCACAAACCCAGUUGGUAAAGCCUUUUGCACUUCACAUAUAUCCAUAAAUAGUCAACUGUGCAUUUUCUUAAUACCAUUUGUUGUAUUUUAAAAUUGCCGAUGAGGCAGAGAGCCUUACAUACGUGCUGCUUAUAUAAAAAUCAGGAUAAUUCCUACGUAGAA